UAUCUACGACGGUCAGUCUACAUUCUAGGGCGCUUCCUUGCACAGUGUAUUAGGUAUGAGCUAUCGUUCAGGAUGACGAUAAAAAUUGAAAUUGUGCUCACGAGUGGAUCCGACGGGACGUUCUACCCCGGCCAGGAGGUUUCCGGCGAAGUGCUCGUAGUGUUAACCAAAACGAUCAAAGUUUCCAGAAUCAAAUUAGCCGUAUACGGUGUUGGAGUGGCGGAAUGGAGCGAACCAAUCGUUGAAAAUGCUCGAUUCCUAAAUCUGGAACAGUUUCUUUUCCAGACGAACAACGAUGCCUCAAAUGUGGCGUAUUUUGGUAAAGAGCGCUACAUGUACUCGGAAUUGAUUCUGUGCAAAGUGAAUGACUUUGUCCCAGCGGGUGGUUACACGUACGGAUUUGCCUGUCCACUUCCAGAGAACAUACCAGCCUCGUUCGAAGGAACCGACGGAUACAUCCGCUAUACGAUACUUGCAACUGUGGAGCGUCCCUGGAAGCAAUCAAAGAUAUUCACGCAAAACUUCCAAAUCUCACGACACCUCGAUCUGAACAACGAGUCUUUAUUCCCCAUAAAAGCAGAACACACCAAGUCGAUAGGAUGCUGGCCCUGUCUAUCCACCGGUCAUUUGUCCCUCUCGGUGCAGUUGCCCUCGAACGGAUUCGUGCCAGGCCAAAUCAUCUCCACCCACAUCCAGGUCCACUGUAGGCGGAACAUCAAAAUCCGAAGCGUCACAACGGUCCUCAUCCAGCGAACCAUCUACAACGCCAGAGCGCCAAAACCGCGCCAACGGAUCGAGAACCAGGUCGUGUGCAAGAACGUUUCCGCCGGAAUCCGAAUGCCCGAGGGAGGCGCCGUGGCCGAGGACCAGCUGCAAGUGCCCUGGAUGUUGCCCACCAGUUGCAACUCGAAGAUCAUCAAGAUCUGCUACGAGCUGAAGGUGGCCCUGGAGCUGGACACGUGCUUCCUGCAGGAUCCGCACGCGAUCGUGACCAUUCCGGUUGUGAUAGGGACCGUGGCGGAGCGGGACGCUUCGGAGCUGUCCGAGUGCGAAUCGAUACAGCUUUGGCCGAGUAAAACGUGAGCGGAGUAG